AUGAUACGUCGAGGUCUUACGCAAUGGAACGUGGAGCAUGAAUUGAUGACUCAACUAAGCUGCAUGGUCUUCGUUGAUAAAGGUGCUUCACUGCUGGUUGCUGGAGGUCAACGAGUCAUGCUGAAAAUUGACACUUCAAAGGGUGAAUUCAUUGAGGAUAUUGUAACAAGUGCAGAGUACACUAUGAUGAAGUCUGGCCGCUACAUAUGCGCAGCAACUACCACAGGCUCCGUGGACUUUCUCGACCCAAAGAGUCUUGAAGUGAUCAAAUCUUGGUCAGCACAUACGGCAAGUACAAGUGACAUAGCUUUAUCAGGCAACUCGCUUGUGACGUGUGGUCGUGCUCAUAGGCCGCAUGGCCCCGCGAUGCUUGAAAGCCUGGCUAAAGUGUACGAUCUGAAGUCGAUGCAACAAAUAGCUCCGAUACCCUUUCCGACUGGCGCAGCUUACGUUCAGAUCCAUCCGAAAAUGUCGACUACAAGCGUACUUGGAGCGCCAAACGGUCAGCUUCAAGUCAUAGACCUUAACAACCACAACAUGUCAAACAUAGUCAUGCUUGGAUGUUCCAUCACUCACUUCAUCAUGUCCCCAUCAGGCAACAUCUGGGCUUUGGCCGACGAGAACAACGUGUUACAUCUAUGGGGCUCUCCUAGUAAACCUUUCAGUUUCAAUGAUAUUGUCCAGCUUCCCGAGUAUGCUGAUGAACCAGAGCCUGUUCAGCAGUUGAGCUUGGAUGAUGACAUAUUAGCAUCGGCAUGGGGAGGCGAGCAGCCAUGGGAAGUCGGCUGUCUGCCUCAGACUAUUGAUCCUGAGAUCGAGAAGUAUAUGCGUGCCGCAACCUUCGGCCAAAUUGCACCUAAUCACAAGACCGGUUGGCGGAACCAGGCCCACAAGCAAAGACUGAGCGAUGCGAUGGCCCCAGCUUUCCUAGGGCCAAAGCUCCUGAGUGAGAAGGCAAAAGAGAUUGAAAAUAGCCAUGGUGAUGAGGCAGCAUUGACUCAAGCAGCAGAAACACUCGCUGAUCUAUCAUUCUCGGGUGCAACGCGAACCGACGUCCCCUGGUAUUACAUGAAUGUCAAGAUAAAGUACGGCAGAUAUGGAGUAGCAGACUUUGACUUCAGAGCAUACAACAGUACCGUAUUCUCAGGGCUCGAAACAGAUAUCUCCAAUUUCUAUCUCAAUCCGCUUCUUCAACUAUUUAAAUAUGUUCCUAUUGUUCGAAACCAAGCCUUACACCAUGUUUCAGGGCGUUGUUUAGAUGAGAAUUGUCUAUUCUGCGAACUGGGCUUUCUGUUUGACAUGCUUGAGAAGGCGACUGGUGAAGUCUGUCAAGCCACGAAUUUCCUCAAAGCCUUCAGCAAUAGUCCUUCCGCUGCGAGCAAGGCAAUCUUAGAUGAGCACCAACCACAACCAAAUCUGGCGCAGCGGCUAUCUCAUGCGAACAGCUUUUUACUCAAUAAGUUUUCGCAGGACUCUCGAAAAUGGGAUCAUCCAGACUUUGCGCUAGAUAGGAUGCUGACCAUAAAUGCGCAAGCUACCAUGACUUGCUUGAACUGUAGGAAUGAGACAUACGCACGCGUUCCGUCUAUGAUGCUCGAUUUGGCAUACCCAGAAACGCUCUUGGCCAACAGGGGUCGCCUACUGCACCCUCGUUUCUCAGAUGUGAUCAGAAUGAGCUUCGCAGCCUCAGACCACAAAAGAGGGUUCUGCAAAAGCUGUCGACGUCAUCCAGAGCAGAGCCAUCGACGCACUGUCAUAGGAUUGCCCACUGUAUUAGUCAUGGACUCCUGCCUAGAACGGCACGCAAAGGGUAGACAGCUUUGGACAAACCCUGGUUGGCUUCCAGACGAAAUUGGUGUAAUCAUUGGACCUGGCGGAGAUGUGAUCUGCCACGAAGGAGAAAGCCUGAAACAAUUGCGAAAUCAUUCUCAUGUCAUACUGUACGAGCUAGUAGGCUUUACUGCCGACAUCAACAGCACACAGGGACAGAAAUCGCAUCUCGUGUCUUUCAUUGACGUGGCUAUAUCUGAGUCUCAUCCUGUAGAUGGGGCUGACAGCCCUGAUUGGCAUCUUUUCAAUGACUUUCUUGUGAAGAGCGUCGAGAAACAAGAAGCGCUAGACUUUGCGCCACCCUGGAAGACGCCUAUUGUAUUGGCCUACCAAAUGAAAGUCUAUCGCCACGGCAUAGACAACUCAUGGACGACCAACCCCGAUAUCAGCUGCCUUUACAACCAAGGCUCUCUCGCCCACGAAUCAGUCAUCGGCUUCGCCCUCCAACCUAACAUCGAAAUCCCCCAACCCGGCUUCCACCUCGGCAUCGACGCCGAGUUCGUCUCCCUCGAACGUGAACAAAUCCUCAUCAACAUAGACGGCAGUACCGAAAUCAUCCGACCCGUCAGACAAGGCACAGGCCGCAUUUCCGCCCUGCGCGGCAGUGGCCCCAAAGAAGGCGUCCCCUUCAUAGACGACUACAUCAAAAUCAACGAACCCAUCGUCGACCACCUAACGCAGUAUUCCGGCCUCUCAGCCGGCGAUCUCGACCCACACCACUCCACGCACGCUCUCCAAACCCUCAAAGUUGCUUACAAAAAGCUCUGGCUCCUCCUCAACCUAGGCUGCACUUUCGUCGGCCACGGCCUCGCCUCAGACUUCCGCACCAUAAACAUCCACAUUCCGAAAUCCCAGAUCGUGGACACGGUCUCCCUCUUCCGGCCCCCGAACGAGAAACGCCGCCUCAGCCUGCGUUUCCUAGCUUGGUACUUCCUCAACGAAGAGAUCCAGACCGGCAAUCACGAUUCCAUCGUCGACGCGCACACCGCCCUGCGCUUGUGGCGCAAAUACCAGGAGUUCGAAGAACAAGGGGUUCUGGAUCAGAAACUCAUGGAGAUUUAUCGCGAUGGGCCUAAUACGGCGUUUAAACCUCCGGCGGAGUUUGAGGCUUCAGGGGGAAGUUGGGGAGUCGUGGUGGUGCGGGUGGGAGGAGGAGGGCAAGGGAACAGACGGGGGAGAGUAGCUUGUUGGGAGGGAGGAUGA